GCAUCAACACUAUAGUCGAUGCAGAGGCGUCUACGGCUAUUUCUUUUGCGAAUUGAAGCCUCAUAUUAUAUAGCUAGAACCGCGCCGGAGUUAACUCUAAUUCCGUUUUUUUACGGAUGGUGCACUUCUCCGUGGAGCUUCUGUUAAAUAGUCAUUGCUUUGGUUGUCAAAAAGGACAUAAAGUUUUCGAUUUCCUCGAGGGUAUCAUGCUGAAUACCGAGGAAAGUUCUUUGUUAGUGGGCUCCAGGUUCCACUGCUCCAGGCACCAGGCUCCGGGGCCUCUGUGGUGCUCCGAUGCCCCUCACCCACACUUGAAGAUCCCGGGUGGGCGAGGGACUGGCAGGGAUCACUCUCUCGGCCUGUUACUACACAAGGACGAGAGGCUUACGGUGACGCGGGCAGCUCCUGUCAAUGGGACACCAGCCAUCCUGCACUUCCACUACCAAUUGAGCGAGUGCCGCACGGCCUGCUGGGAAACAGCCCUCUCCUCAGACAGCCUCUUUCUGGAGAUCCCCGCUGGGGCGCUGGCGGAGGGCAGCAAGGAGGGGCUCACCAGCCUGCUGGAGUUUGCUGAGGAGAAGCUGAAAGUCAACUACGUGUUCUUGUGGUUCGAUAGAGCCAGAGAGGAUCGAUUAUCCAUCAUAAAGACUUUCCACUACAUGGGCUUUGAGGUGGUGAAACCCGGCAACCCUCUGGUGCCGGCUCGGACAGACCUCAUCUUCAUGGUCUACUCUCUGGAAAACAGCAGCUCCGAUGAGGAGUGAAUGAAACAUUGUAAAACCGGACCACCCUGCCGCUCCCUAGCCCACACAUGACCCCCACAGAACCCCUCCCGCCAGCUGCCUUCAUCCCUGUCCCCCAUCCUCAAACUGUGUGUCCCCUCCCUAACCCCAAAGAUACUCUCUUCCACCCAAAUCUCUACCCUUCUCAUUGAUUGGGUUGUCAUACUUUUGUAGAGUCUAUUAUAAGAGGGGUGUGGUGCUUGGGGAUGCUAAGAUCUCUGUGGUGAUACACAGCGGUGGAGCAUGGAAAGGGCGGAGCUUGGACUGAGUCAUCACCCGAUUGGUUCAGAUUUGACUAAUCGCCCCACCGAUGGGCUCCACUCCAUGCCAGGCUUUACAUGCCUGCCCACAACAAUCCAACAGGGUGACUUUUUGGCUGGAAGUAAAAGCAUAUCUAUACUCUGACAGCUUGCACGGAAUAUCAAAGAGCCUGACUUGGGUCUUUUAAUGUACAGUGGUUUCUAUACAAAGCAGGGCUUGUUUAGUAGGGACAGCAAUGUAAUGGGUAGCAUAAGGGAAUUAUUUUAAGGGGAUAUUUGCCUGGGUAUGGUUGGGUCAACAUGAAUGAAUUAAUAGUUCUGCUUGUAUUUUUUUCUAUGAUUGGGACAAGUAUAACACUGAUCUUUCCGUUACAAUUGCAAUCAUUCUAUAACAUAUAUAUUUUUUCUCAAACUGUUGGGUAUAUUAAGUCAUCAUUCCUACUUUUGCAUCACUAGCUAUGAUCGUUCAGCUUACGGUUUUCUUAUUUUCUUACCAGAUUAUAGUUAGCGUGAUAUUGUUAGUCUCGUCUGAUAUUUGAAAGCUGGUCGAAGGUCGUCGUUUUGAAUGUUGGGUCAGGGCAAUCUAGUUCACAGCUCUCUGCAGCAAUGAUGUGCGUUCCCCUCGCCUGAGGUCGCUCAGCUACGCAAUGAGCCUGUGAAACUAACAACACCUGAAUUAUUGAGCCAGUAGAGGUACAUCGAGAAGAGUGGAAGAACCAUUAAACAUAAAUGUUGUAAUCCAUUCUCACUCGGCACAUAAGUUACCACAUAAACAUAGCUAGACUUAGCCCUCAUCAUUUUGCAAAUACAUUGAAGCGAUAUAAGAAUAGGCUGAGACAGCUCUUCCUGGUUUCAAUCCCAGUUAAAAUUCAUAUCUUCGUAUACAGUUCUAUCAACCAGAGCCCUUUUGUACUAGUAGUACCACCCCCAACAACACCUCUGCUCAGUUGAAACUAUUUUGAGAGGGUUGUGGUGGGGCCUUUUCCGCCUAAGAAAAGACAGCAAUGUUCUCUUUUACACUUCAGUCUUACUGUAGAAUGUUCCCCAUUUCCCACAUUCAUCCCUAGCUACCCAAAGCAAUGUGGCAAAAAGGAAACCAACCCAUGAAGGGAAAAGUCACAACACAGCACUUUAGGUAGCCACGUAAAAUCGAGUGGAAGUGCAUUAGGGUCCAUUAUGGAGAUGUGGCCAGCGCCUUCCAUUUUGUUUUGCCGUGCAAACCAGACAGAAUUGCCAAAGAAAUAGUUCUACAUUCAGCAGUAACAGUUAAAACGUUCCGGUUAACAGUAAUCCUAUAGGACACUGGCUUAAGUUUCUCUCUCACACUAACAAGAUCCCUAAAACAGUUCUAGGGUGACCUGGUUUCUUCAGGAAAGCAGUAUACAAAUAUAUUCCCCUACCAAUAGCAUUUUGUCUCAGAGGAACAUGGUCAAGAGUGAUCUGUGCUUGGGAUCCUAUGUGCAGGGGGCUUUAAUUUUUGCAUGUGUGUAGAUGUUGAGUCUUCAUAGAUGGGUUAGAUGACGUCACAAAAACUAUACACACACUUCAAAUGGGGCAGAAGUCCAUGAGGAGUUGUGAUUCUGAUUGUCCAUAUGUCGGUACCAAUCUGGACAAUCUGCCAUGUGGGGAAUCGUAAAUGACUCAUUUUAGCUAGUUUCAUCAUGUUCUUGAUACCAUGUCUUGUCUUGUUUUGACUGAUUUCAUGUCAAUGCUUAUGGCAAAGUUUUGCUAGCUAGCUAGCCAACCAACAACUGUAAAGAUGUAUUUGAGAGACAAGUGUUCAUUGUGGAAAUGCAUUUAUGAUUUCAAUAAACAUUGAAGAAAUAUAGUUUACAAGUCAACCCAGUCGCUUUUGCCCCAUAGUUGCGCACGCGUCAGUUGUUGCUAAACAACCAACCCUGUCUAUAGCUGUUGAAUGAGCAGUGACGAAAAGGACAAUGUCUAUUCAUCUUCAGAGUUAUAUUUUUCUGUAUCUUUCUUGGUUGAUUGUUUCUUUCUUAUAGCCUAGUUUAGUUGUUUUGUUUACAGUGGCGUACAGAGAAUCAUUCAAUGGCAAUCCAUACUUAUACCUUUCACUUUUUCUGUCCGGAAAAAAAUUAAAUUGUUUUAAUCUA